AUGAGAUCCUACGUAUUAGGAGAGAUUAUUGGAGAUCUGUUCCGCCGCAGCCUUUCCCUCGUCCGCGGCAGAGCAGCCAUGGCGGCUCCGCCAUUCCACCUGCCCCUCCUCCUUGCCUUUCUGCUCCUCAGCACCGCCGCCGCCGCCCACUCCCAGUAUGGCCACCUCCAGCACUACGGCCACGGUCCCCACCACCACCACCACCACCACCACCACCGCUCCCCGUCCACGAUGACGGCCACCGCCCGCCUCGACACCGCGCCGUCCGUGCACCAGAACCGCAUGGAAUCAGAGUUGGAGGAGACCCACCAGUCGCUGCGCGUCCUCAACCCCUUCUUCGCCACCGUGGCCGCCCAGGCUCCCUCGGGCGAGGACGCCAUGGCAGCGAUGGGCGCGGCCGCAGACGCGGGGGACACCACGCGGCUCGACCUUCCCUCGCCGCCCCCUUCCCUCCCCGCAGCGGGGGAUCUGAUGCCCUCCCUCGCGCCGCCGCAGCCGCAGGCUGAGGAAGCGGGAGCGGGGUCGUCCGAGUCGGAGGCCGCGGCUCCUCCUCCCGUCGUCGACGAGCCGUACCGCGACGCGGCGAGCACUCCGCGUCCUCCUCCCGUCGUCGACGAGCCGUACCGCGACGCGGCGAGCACUCCACCUUCUCCUCCUCCCGUCGUCGACGAGCCGUACCGCGACGCGGCGAGCCCUCCACCUCCUCCAACCGUCGUCGACGAACCGUGCCGCGACGCGACGAGCCCUCCGCCUCCUCCUCCCAUCGUCGACGAGCCGUACCGCGAGCGCGAGGUGACGAGCCCUCCGCCUCCCGUCCACGACGACGCUGCGCGGGUGGUGUCCUCGGGCACGGGCGACGACCUCGGCCUGCAGCAGAUCGCCAAGGUGCUCGCGUCGCUGGGGUACAACGAGAUGGCUUCGUCGGCCACGCUCCUCGCCGACACGGCGUCCGUCACGGCAUGGCCCGGGGCGAUCACCGUCUUCGCGGCCCCCGACGUAUUCCUCAAGCACUCCUGCCCCGAGUGCUCGCGACGCUCCCUCCUCCUUGCCCACAUGGCCCUGGGCUACUUCCCCUACGCCGAGCUCGCCGCCGCGCCCGCCAGGCAACUCCCAUCGGCCUCCGUCGGCUUCUGCCUCGACGUCGCCGCCCAGCCACAGCGCGGGCCCUUCUCCGUCCACCACGCCAGCCUGGGCCUGUACGUGAACGGCGUCAUGGUCUCGGAACCUAAUCUCCACGACGACGGCCGCUACGUCGUGCACGGCCUCCACGGCUUCAUCCCGCCGCUCUCCCGCGCCUCCUGCGUCGAGGACGACGCGCAUGCGCAUCACCACCACCAGGUCCACCUCCACCACUACCGACGCCACCACCACCUCAGCGCCAGAUCGGCAGCCACCUCCGGUGCGAUCGCCGCCUCCGUCGUGCGCAUCAUGAUCCGCGAAGCCAUAUCCCGCCUGCGCGACAGCGGCUUCGGCUUCGUGGCGCUGGCCAUGCGCGUCAAGUUCGCCGAGCUGGAGAAGCUGUCCAACCUCACGGUGUUCGCGCUCGACGACCAGGUCAUCUUCACAGGUGGAGGCCACGGCUACGUCUCGGCGGUGCGCUUCCACAUCGUCCCCGGCCACCGCCUCACCCGCGCCUACCUCCUGCGCCUCCGACCCGGCACCGUACUUCCCACCCUGGCUGGUGACGACGAGAAGCUCGUCAUCACCCUCGGCGCCGGCUCCGCCACCGACGAGGUCCGGAUCAACUACAUACCCGUGAAGGAACCUGACGUGGUGAUCAACUCGCGCGUCGCGGUCCACGGCAUCUACCUUCCGUUCCCCCGCCUCCACCUCGCCAACCUCGCCGCCUCGGUGGCCGUCGCCUCCGACCUCCAGACGAACGACAGCUGCGGCGUCGGGGGAGCUCAGGGCUACGACGAUGGGGAGUCGGUUCAGGGGAAGUCGUCUGCCUCAGCGGUGAUGUGCUCUCCACCCGCCGAUAAGCCUGCGCCCACGACGAUGACCCUUCCACUCCCCAGGCGUUACAGCGCGGCGUCCGCGGCGAGACCGCGUCACCCCGCCUUCUCCGGUCGCCACUCCCACGGCUUCCGUGUGUCCAACAAAAUCGGGCACGGUACCGGAAGGGCGGCUACAACUGGAGGGCGACAUGGCGCCACCUCCGCUGCAGCUGCGGUAGGUUUGCUGGGACUUGGACUCGCCGCUCUCGCCAUAAACCAAGGUCGCAGGGAGAGGCGGAGGAAGCAAAGACAGCUGAGGCAAGCGAAAGUGCUGAGGAGGAAGGUUCAGAAGCUCAAACAGAAUUCGACAAGCUGCAACCAUUGCCAAGAGAAGGAAACCACAUGGAAAACCACAAUCUGUGGUAUGAGACUCUGCUCUUCAUGUGUUGUUGAUGGUUUCUUAGAUACACAUGUUCCGACGUAUCGGACCAAGGAUUGCAAAUUUUUUUGUAAGUCUUCCGCGUGCUCUCUUGUUCCCAUCGUUGCUCCUGAGAUGGAUCCCUAUGACGGGCAACAUAUCUUUACGGGCGCGGAAGAGAAGAAUGGGACCAUUACAAGGACAUUUGUGAGCCUUGCCGAGCUUCAAGCUCGGCAGGCUCCCAAAAGACUCUUGGCCUCGUAUAAAACAUUGGACAACACUCUGAUGGGUUUCAAGAAACGGUCCCCAGCGAAGAAGAUGGUCUGAGCCUCUGAGGGAAAGGUCUGCUGCCCAUUUGCCAAGAAGAUUGUCUUUCCGCAAAAGAACGGCAGUUAUUUUUUUUAUGUUUUUCUCAGUUUCUAAGGAUUUUCAGUUUGCAUUUUCAGUUCUGGCUCAGAGAUGCUUAGUUGGUAGUAAGAUUGAUAGAUGCAUCAUAAGCGAAGAAGAACUUGAUGGAAAUUUGGGUUGUUAUGCUGUUUCGCUAUGGAAAUUAUGAUGUAUUCUGUUCUAUUCCUCAUCUGUUUGCUCUGUUCAUCGUCUAGUUCUGUGACUUCUGUCUUUUGCAUGAGCGUGUUGAAUGGUCA